CCGUUCUGCAACUUCCUGUGUUCGAAAUUUUGUUUCUGUGCUUGUUUACACCGUGUGGUAGCUUUUGUUCAUGUAAAAAGAGUUGUUUUUGAAAGUUUCUGCGCUUCAAGCACCGAACGUUCGGUGUGUUACUAAAACACACUCAUGCACUGUGCCAGAGCAGUGAUAUCGUUUUAGUUACCGUAAUUUUGAGCAGCGGCAUGGUGGUGGCCGAACAAGGGAACUGGGUUGCCGAUGUCGUAUUCGUUGUGGAGGGAACUGCAAACUUGAGCCCCUACGUUGAAAGUUUAAAAAGCAACUAUAUCGUGCCAACUUUAGAGUACUUCAAUGGAGGACCAGUUGAUGACAGAGACUGUGGAUAUGACAGUAACAGCACCACGUACGCCCUCGUCGUAUUUAUGGCUGCCGACUGCGGCAUGGAACCCGCCGCAACCUGCAAUGCGCCUACUACCAACGUAGCUAAACUACUUUCAUGGUUCGACCGAGUCUCCUUCAUCGGCGGGGCUGCGGAAUCGUGUAGCCAUAUCGUGGAAGGCUUGAGCACUGCAUUGCAGGUCUUCGACGACUUUCAAACACUCCGUGAGCCAGGGGUCGUUGCGCAGAAGCAUUGUAUUUUAAUAUGCAACUCACCACCAUAUCGGUUACCAGCCCUCGAAAGCCCCGUCUACUCCGGCCAUACUGUUGACCAGCUAGCAGGCAUCAUGGCUGAGAGACAAGUGAACUUCAGCAUCUUCUCUCCCAGGAAGAUCCCAGCCCUUUACAAGCUGUAUGAAAAGGCCGGCGGAGACUUGCAAAUGGCCCUGUGUAAAAAUUAUGCCAAAGACAGACGACACUUGGUCUUGCUAAAGGGAUACCAGCUCCAAGAGCGACCCAUCAGCCCGCCCGUCGUCGUUCCUGAAACGAAGGUCGUUCCCAGCCCUCCUCCCGUAGCUACGACGCUAAAUCCCCGCAGUCCGGCAACUACGGGUGUUCCCCAGAAGCGACCCGCGGCGGGGUCCCCACCAAACGCACGGGAGACCAAGAUGUUCAAGCAGCCCACGUCUCAAGCAUCUCCGAUGAGUGUCAUGGGAGGCUCCCCGCAACAGCCGCAGGGCGCAGUUCCAUUUCAGAGUCAGGGGUCACGACCAGGAAUGCCAACUCCCCCCACUUCCCAUCUUGCAUCCAUCAAUCAGCCAAACCCACCAAAUGUAACCCUCCGUGCUAUCCCUGACACAAUGAACAGGACAACACAAAAUCAGUCUCCUGUACCGGUCGGUGCCUCACCCGCUGCUGCAGCUGGUGGGGUUCGAAUGCCGUGGAACCAAACAGGGCCAGCUGUGUCGACACCGCCUCCGGCUACCAGCAUGCCCCUGCUAGCUAGUCAGCUGUCAAAUGCACCAAUGGCCAGCGGUCCGCCCAUGCGGCCAUCCUUGCCAACCACAGUCACUUACGUUUCUGGUUCUCAAAUGCAAGCAGGGUUUAUACCCAUUACAACCGCAGGUCUGCGCGCUCCAAUGCGCAUGGGUGGCCAGGGGGGACCCCAGAUGGGAUCCGGAAUGGCCCCUCAGCAGAGCACCCUGGCCGCCCAGCUUAACCAGAUGCCCCCAAACUUUGCUCAAGUGCCCAACACCCAGGGGGCAAACCCGCAGGGAAUGACCCCUCAGGGGAUGAACACUCAGGGGAUGAACCCUCAAGGGAUGAACCCACAAGGAAUAAAUCCUCAAGGGAUGACUCCACAGGGCAUGAAUCCACAAGGGAUGCAGGGAAAACCGAUGCAGCAACAGGGGCCUCCGCAGGGUCCUGGUCCGAUGCAGCAACAGGGAGUCGUACAGCAGCAGCAGCAACCUCAGCAACAAGUGAUCUCUGAUGUGCACAUGGUACCUCUGAUCCAGUCUCCCAAAACAACUAGCAAGGCCCCAAUGCCUGCGACUGGCACUCGACUGCAGGUGAAGGAGAGGCGUACCAUAUGGCAGGGGCAGGUUGAAUUCCAGGACAAGACACCAGGGACCUCGCGAAACGUCUACACCCUACAUUGCAGCAUCUCCAGUCAGGUCAUCAAUGGAGAACCUGAAGUCUCCGCCGACAAGUGGCCGCCAAAGCUCAACCUCCAGCUGAUGCCCAAGUCCAUGUUGAUGAACGUAGUGCUGGCUGUUAAGAGUGCGGCGCGUUGUGUGGUGCUGGGUUUUAGGGGAGGACCAGACGCGAACAAUGCAGCAGACGGUCUCCAGAAGCUGUCCUGCUUCAUGACCAAUGCAUGGUUGGGCAUGGUGCAUUUUGCCAGCCCCCCCGCUGACAUCAAGCUCAUGCUGGUGCUGUACAUGCCUGAAAAGAACUUUUACAUGGGUCUCAUCGCAAACGACCAGGAAUCGCUCUUCAGCGCCGUCAAACAGGUGGUCGACACGCAUCGGAAGCAGCAGCAGACCAAGAACAAAAUGAUUGUGUGGGAGUGUCCAACAAACAGAUACUGCCGGACACCAAUGCCAGGUUCCAUAUAUCAGCCCUACCAUUACGUGGAGCUUCAGAACAUGUCGGGUGGAACAAUGGCAACCAGUGCUGGUAUGGGAAUGCCUGGACCUGUUUCUAAUCCAGGGUUAGGAAUGGCCCAGAUGAUGCCGCAAGACCAGCAGCAACAGCAGCAGCAGCAACAACAGCAAGUGGCACAGAUGGGCGUUCCACCGAGAGCUGCAAUCAGCGCCCCACCCCAACAGAUGGCAGGGGGUGGGGCAGCAAUGGGGGGUGCUCCCCCUCCGUCUUCGGUGGCACAGCAGCAGCAAGCAAAUAGGCUGUCGCAGCUUGAAGCUGAACGACAACAAAACCUGCUCAAAAUACAGCAACUGCAGCAGACAUUAGAGGCGGCACAGGCAAAGGAGCUGCAGUACAAGGCAGCGCAGGAGCAGCAAACGCUUCUAGAACGGCAGCGUGUCGUCAAUCACCAGGUUCAGAUACACCAGCAACAGCAGCAGCAGCAACAACAACAGCAGCAACAACAGCAGCAACAACAGCAGCAGCAGCAGCAGCAACAGCAGCAAAGAUUUCAGGCUGGUCCAAAUUCAAACUUGAGGCACAUUUUGCAGCAUCAAAUGCGUCAGCAACAGAUGCUUCAGAUGCAACAGAACCAGCAGCAAUCUACCAUAAGAGCGCAGCUGGCCAGUGGAGGCCUCGUCACAACUAUGGGGGGACCACAGGGCCCACCGCCCCAGCAGGGUCAGCCCGGGGGCGCUACCGGUUGGGACGACACCACGGCACUCUUGGAUCUCCUGGGUGGAGGCCCACACAAUGGCUGAUUCACGGUGCACAUGAGAGACGAAUGAGGGAAUCUUUAUUUUCAAGCCCACAAGUCAUUGCAUUGUUUAUGUUCUACAUUCUUCAUACCUGUAAUGUGAAAUAAUUUGGAGGCGAAAGAGGGUUCAAAACGUAUGUGGUAUACAAAACAUCAUUUCAUUGUUGUUGGUAUGUUUUUUUUUGUUUUAUGUUAGGAUCAUGUCAUCUGGACUGAUCUACUGGGCCACUGUGAUGUGGAAUAGUAGAAGACAUUGCACGUUUGAAGAUUAAUAGAAUGUUAAUGUACUUCAAGUGGUGUACAUAUGUGGCUUGUCGAUUGCCCUCAAGUAUUGCCUACUCAGACUUUUAAUAAUGUCUCCCUCAUAUUCUCAUGUUCUGACAAACAUGUAAAAAGUUGAACAGCAUCUUUUCCUAUUGUUAAUAAAGCUAAUGUAUAUGUAUAA